ACGCAAUCAGAGGUGACGACGCGACAAUGACAACGGGAGCCAUCCAUGAUCCAUCCAACUACCCACCAAACAACUCUCGUCGGCUCCACCGGCAGCAGCGAGCGGUAAUCACUCGCUCUCACCAUGCCGCUCCUCCUCCGCUGCUCGCCGGCGGCGUCACCGCCUCUGCUCCCGCGCCGCCGCAGCGGCUCCCUCCUCUCCGCUGCGCCGCCGGGGCGCCGGCCGCUGCUCCCCGCCGCCGCAGGCCGCGUCGUGCUGGGUUGCGGGCUGGUGACGCUGGACUACCUCGCCACGGUGGACGCGUACCCGCGGCCCGACGACAAGAUCCGCAGCGGCGAGCUGCAGGUGUCUGGAGGUGGCAACGCCGGGAACGCGCUGACAGGAGCCGCCCGCCUGGGCCUCAACACGAGGCUCAUCUCCAAGGUGGCAAACGAUGAAAUUGGAGGAACCGUUCUUUCGGAGCUUAAGGAAGCUGGGAUUGAUAUAUCUCAUGUUAUAAUUUCUGAUGGUGGAAACACAACAUUUGUAUAUGUCAUUAUUGAUAAGCAAACAAAAACUCGUACGUGUAUAAUCACAUCAGGGUACCCUCCAAUGAUACCUAGUGACUUGAGAAUGUCAAGUUUGUCAGCUGCACUGCAAGACGUAAGCUUACUAUACUUAGAUGGAUAUUCAGAUGAGAUGGCCUUGGCAGUUGCUAAGCAGGCUGAUCAGAUGAAGAUUCCUAUUUUGGUUGAUGCCGAACCAGAAAGAACAAGGGAAGAAUUGGGAGGUUUGCUCAGCCUAGCAAGUUACAUAGUCUGUAAUGGGAAAUUUCCAGAGAAAUGGACAUCAGUCCCAUCUAUUCCCUCUGCACUACUAGAAAUCCUUCUGCAAUAUCCUCGUGCAUGCUUCGCAGUUGUAACCCUUGGAGAAAAUGGAUGCAUGAUGCUUGAGAGGGGCAAAGAUGGUGAAAAUUAUGAAACUGAGCCAGUAGAUAUAGAGAAUGUCGCUGAGUCCUUAAGGCUGAAAGUAGAUAAAGAUGAUAUCCUGCCAACUUGUGUAUCAUCUAAGUUCAUGAGACUUACUGCAAGAGGGUCUGGGAAUAUAUUUGCAAGGCUGCUCAUAGGAACAGCAGAAAGUAUUCCAGCUUCAGAGCUUGUUGAUACAACUGGUUGUGGUGAUGCAUUCAUAGGAGCAGUACUUCAUGGACUAUCCACAGAGAUGCCUCCAGAAAAGAUGCUGCCUUUUGCUUGCCAAGUGGCAGGCAUCAAAUGUAGAGCAAUCGGCGCACGAUCUGGCCUACCAUGGCAAUCCGAUCCACGCCUGACUAAGUACCUGUGUUAGACCUUGUCGAAAUUGCGAGGGACAAAAAAAAGAUUGUCAUUGAAUAAAUGAUCCAUGUUUCUACUUUCAAAAAAAAAAAAGAUCCAUGCUUCAGCUAUUGUUCAAAAGUCGACAGGUUGGGACAUGGUGAUCUCUUUGUAACAUAGAGUCAUAGACUACCAGGUCAAGGAUUGGACUUGUGAUUUCUUCCCUUGGAGCUAUCAUUUGAAGUUCUAGAGCAUUAUGUUUGGUUUAACAAAACCAAUCAGAAACAAAAGUCUUCAGCUCCCUGCUGAAUUUAAGGACUUUCAGUUGAAUGAAUGGGUUGAAUAACCGUUGUCAAA